UGUUCCCAAGAGUGCAUGGCUGGAGCCAUAUGAUCUUAUCAACACAUUUGAGAGCCCGACCCAAACACUGACAGAGAUUUUGCUGCAGCAAUGACUGUCAUAGAAGAAAGUCGCCCUUUUGCACAGCAGUUAUCCAAUGUCUACUUUACUAUACUUUCACUUUUUUGUUUUAAACUGUUUGUGAAGAUCAGCCUUGCUAUACUUAGUCAUUUCUACAUUGUGAAAGGAAACCGUAAGGAAGCAGCAAGGAUAGCUGCUGAAUUUUAUGGAGUUCCUCAAGGACAAGGUUCUUGGGCAGAUCGCUCACCUCUGCAUGAGGCAGCCAGUCAAGGACGUCUUCUUUCUCUGAAGACUUUACUGUCACAGGGCUACAAUGUAGACACACUAACAAUUGACCAAGUAACUCCACUCCAUGAAGCCUGCCUGGGAGACCAUGUAGGAUGUGCAAGAAUCCUCCUUGAAGCAGGAGCGAAUGUAAAUGCUACAACAAUUGAUGGAGUGACACCUUUAUUUAAUGCCUGUUCGAGAGGCAGUGCAGCAUGUGCUGAGCUGCUGUUACAAUAUGGUGCCAAAGCUCAGUGGGAGUCCUGUCUGCCAUCACCAACACAUGAAGCAGCCAGCAGAGGUCACAGUGAAUGUCUGGAGGUUCUGAUAUCCUGGGGUAUAGAUGUUGACCAAGAUCUUCCUCACUUAGGAACACCUCUGUAUGUAGCUUGUGUUUCACAGCAGAUCCAUUGCAUUCGAAAGCUUCUUUAUGCAGGUGCCAACGUGCAGAAAGGAAAGCAUUUGCAAACUCCACUCCAUGCUGCUGCCCAGCAUUCUAGUACAGAGAUUGUAAACUUACUCCUUGAAUUUGGGGCAGACAUAAAUGCCAAAAAUUCAGAUUUUGAGAGGCCUGUUGAUUUAGCUGCCCCAAGCAGUUUAGUGGAGAGACUGCUUCUCUUCCAUGAAGCCACACCAUCUUCUCUUUGUCAGCUCUGCCGACUAUGUAUCCGAAAUUACAUAGGAAGAGCUAGACUGCAUCUUGUUCCACAACUCCAGCUGCCAACAAUACUUAAGAAUUUCUUACAGUAUAGAUAACAUAAUAAUUAAUUGUUAGAAACUUAAAUAUAGCAAGUACAUUUUUUUCCUCUCUGUUUAUUGUACGUUUUAUCUAAAGAACUGCUGGGCGGAAAAAAAAAAGCCUUUUGCAUAUUGCUUAAAAAAAUGGUAUUUUGACACCUGGUCUUGGUAAUGUAAUAGUAACUGGGAGCCAUUCAGCAACUAGUGCCAAGGUGCUAAUCCAGCUGAAUUGAAUAAGUGUGCUGAUACUCUGGGACAUGAUUGUAUAACUUUAUCUUAACCCUUUAUAGCUUUACUGCUGUUAAUUUUAAUUGUGUUUACGUUUUUAAAAUCUGUUUGACACGCCUGAAUGACAAAGAGUUUCUUUAUUAUUAUUUGUUAAGUUUGUCCAUUUGGAGUCAAUAUUUUAUGUAUUUUCAAAUUUCUGUUGUUCAUGUACCUAAAAAUACUUGGUGAUGGGUGCACUAUAUGCAUUGAUAAAAAUAAAACAAUUAAACGUUAA